AUGUCAAGAGGAAUCCUCAUUUCAAUGCAAAACGUUGCCGUUGAUGGGAUGUACUUUGAAGAUGAUGAUGAUGAGUUUGCUCCAGUGGUUGAGAUGCUGGAUGACCCGAGUUCUAGUGUGGCGCCAGCAGUUGAACACUUAUUUCUCUCAUUCCCUACCAUUCAACAUCUACAGUUUCACCCUAUGGUUGAGAUGUAG